GAGAUAAGCCUGAAUUUACUCCACUUGACUAGCAUGGAGGAAAAUACUAAAAAAGUUCAGCCUGUUCUCAACUCUCAACAAGAAGUCCAACCAUUGAAAAAAGAAAGGAGAAAAAAAAUUAAUCUUCAUUCAUAAUCAGCAGCAGUGGUCUGACCAGAAACAAGUCAAACAUCAAAGAAGGCACUGUAACAUAGGCAAGAUAUUAAGGCUAACCAAGUGGACCGGCAAUACUUGAUCAAAUAACAUUUAGCAGCUGCACAACCAGAGCAGAAAGAUUUUCUCCCAAGAGAACACCACCUGAGCAAGAAGAUGGGUGGCUGCAACGUCGAUGGGAACCUGAACCAGGAAAAUUUUAGUGCUCCUAUGCCUUGGAUUGGCAUCUAUGUAGCAGCAGCAUCCCUGGCCUGCCUAAUUGCAAUGGCUGCAGAUGUCGUCCACGGCUUUCGACACUGGAAACUCUGGUUCCCUAGCAAGUUCUUCUCCAUCAAUGCCACUACUUUGACCUUGAUAGGCGUAGCAGUUAAAUUGUCAGUGGAUCUAAACACUGCGAUGCCUAGCCGCCAGGAUCAGCUCGCCAAGCUUAGCAGUUCUGUCUUGAUCUGCACGGUAAUGGGCAACUCUAUGCCUUCUCUUGGAUCCAUGGAAAACAAAGAAAUCAUGAUGAAUAUAAUUGCUUUUGGAAUACUGGUUAUUACUCUUAUCGUGAAUAUCUGCAUUCAGCUAGCUACUGGUGCAAUCUUUGUUUUCUGCAAGGAGCAUGUUUUCAUCAUGUUCAUCAUGCUUAUUUUACUUAUCAUGAUGAAUUUCUCUGCUUUAACUAUUCCCAUAUCUAAACGUUAUUUAGAACACAAGUACAAUAAAAGGUACCAAUUAGCUCUGAAAGAAGGCAUAAAUGAAACUGGUAAAAGAGUGGCUAGCAAACUUAAAGAAUGUCUGAUGAAACAUUGGAUGAUGGCUCAUACCUCUAGUCCCCAGUUUGUGAUGGGGCACUCAGCGACGUGCACAGCUUCUGGAGCAAUCUGUCUUUUGAGUACCAUGAUUUUAGCAGAAGCCAUGCUUCGGACUUACUUGAUGCCCUGGUCAUUUACAUUUUGCAGAGGUGAGUCUGACUACAAGUGGUCAACCACUUUGGUUCUUGCUACACAAACAAUUGCAGUAGCAGUUGGUACAAUUGGUCCUGCAUCUAGAUGGUUCAUCGCCAUAAACUUCAGGUGUGCAAAAAGAGGAAACACCACCUACAAAGGAGAAUUCAGAGUAGAAAAGUACUGGACACAAGGACUGAUAGAGUUGAAAGAGUGCCCGUUAUCUUUCAUAAGAAUCAAAAAUAGGCACUGCCGGAAACUUGCUCAUGACACAAGAAACAAAUUUUUGGAUUUGUGUAUUGGAAUGCAGACAGGGAAUGUCAUAAUGAGUCAAGCAAUUCGGCUCAUUUCCAUUUUCUUUGUAAGCAGGAUCUUGUUAUGCUGCGACUUCUGCAAACAGUGGAAGAAGAAGUUCAAAUUCAACACUGUUUUUAAUGACUCAGGGCCAGAGUCACAGCCAAACCAAAAGCUUGAUCUUAGCUGUUAUGUUCUGCAUCUUGAAGGUGAGGAUGCAUUGGUUGAGCACAUGAUGAGAAGUAAUUGUGAUGCUACAGAUCAUUGGUUUCAGAGGGGAAAGAAAAGAGAGCCUAAAUAUAUCGUUAAACUGUUGGAGAAAUCAACCUUUUCACAAGGAUUCAAAGGAGUAGCAGAUUUCGACAGUGAAAAAGUUCCCUGUCUAGACUUGGAAGAACCACCAAACAGUUGGGCUCUACCUGUUGUAACACUAACUAGUAUUGCUCUUGCACUUCCAAACAUCAGCAGUUGUUCAAUAAAAGAGUUAAUAGGUGGUGUCCAUGAAGGGAUCAUGUACAUAAAUUUUAUUGAAAAUUUCCUGGAUUCUAAAGAGGAUGUUACCAACAUCAGAAAGACAGCAGAUAUGGUGUGGCUAGGAGUUGAUCUCUACCAUACAUGGCUGGAUGUGGAUCUCCGUAAAUUGUCACUUCAUGGAAAGAGCUCAAAGGAGAUACUUGAAGGACUUGCUGAAACUGCAAAAUUCAUAUUUGAAGAAUCUAAAAAGAAGCAAAAGACUACGAAUGUAUGUUUAAGAGAUACCCCUUCAAAAUGGCCUGUCAAGGAAUUGGCUGCUAAUUCCAUGUAUAGGAUAAGUGAAACUCUUCUGCUAAAUUAUGAAGGCAGCCUCAACCAGACAGGUGAGAGAUUAUUUGAGGCAUUGACUGUCAUGAUAUCUGACAUACUGGCUGCUUGUCUCACGAAUAUAAAGCAAGUUAUAAAGAGGAAGUGUUUGAACAGCACCAUUGAAGAGAGGGAGGAAAGUGUGAGGCAUGCCGUUUGCAUUCUCGGUCAAACUGAAAACAUUCUGAAUAUUCUAGACCAGAGAAUUCCCCCAAGUAUGGACCCUCGUCGGAUUUCAAGCAUUGAUGAGUGGCGUUUGUUGCACAAGAUGGAGAGCCCUUUGGCCUUCCCUUCUUCGUCUCCAUCAGAGGGUGACACAGCCUCUUCUGUUUCAAGUGACUUCUACGUGAUCAUUGAAUAGAAUGCACAAUCCUGGAGCUUACAACAGAGGCAGCUUAUGAUUCACAUGUUACUAAAAAAGUAGCUGAGGCAACUUUCAACUUCUGCUUUACAUUUUUCUUUAUGUUGAUAUAUGAAACUAUUGUACAUAUGUAGUAGAGAUUUUAUCUAGCAGGAAAACUAUAAAUUAUAGAGCAUGAUCGUAUCUAUUUUCGAA